AUGGGAGGUUUUUAUAUGCAGAUCUUCGUCAAGACUCUCACCGGCAAGACCGUCACCCUUGAGGUUGAGCCCACAGAUACCAUAAACAACAUCAAGGCGAAGAUCCAGGACAAGGAGGGAAUCCCGCCAGAUCAGCAGCGCCUCAUCUUCUCCGGCAAGCAGCUCGAGGACAAUCGCACCCUCCAGGACUACUCCAUCCAGAAGGAUGCCACGCUCCACCUCGUCCUCCGCCUCCGUGGUGGUAACUAA